CAAUUUGAAGAUGGGGCAAAUGUAGAAUACAAAAGAAAUUUUGCACUUCUGGACAACAAAUUAAAAAUUAUCCCUGACCAAAAAUUCAUUAUGCUAGAAAAGGUUAAAGCAGAGGAACUGAUGUCACCCACAUGUGUCCAUCCUUCCCCAGUUCCUUCAUCACAAAACUUUCAGGUGCCCAUUACACUGAAGCAGGCUCAUGCUGCUUGCAGAGCCUUAAUAUCUUCCUGCCAAUACCUGCAAUUGAUGAAAAUGAAGAUUAUAAAGACAAAAGUAAACCUGAUGUCAGCAGUAUUAUGAAGACUCAAGCAAAGUCAGAUUUGAUAGAAAAUUUGUUAACAUCACCUGUCAAAAAGGAUGAUAUCAAAACCUUUGUUGAUGUUAAUGGAUCACCUGAAAACGUACCAACACAAAAAGCAGCAGAGCUUGAAUCUCCUAUGGAGCUUCCAGUUUCCCAUUCAUCACUCCAAUUGACAGACAAAUAUUACAAAGCCACAGCAUCCAAUUUAAAAGAGUGGUCACCAGAUCUGUUACGUUUGAAAAGUCCCUUCCUUAGCACAGAAGAAAAAGUGAAGUUGGAGAAGUUGAUAAGGCAUGAUGAAGAGUAUGUCAGAGACAUACUGCUUAUGAAAUUAAAAGAACCAGAUACUUCACAGCACCUUGAAAUUAAAGACAAACAGAAUGUCAUUGGCAAUGCAUUACUUGUGGCAUGUCAGCAUGAUGUUGCCAGUGGACUGGGGAAGUUGGAACUGAAUUUGUCUUGGGAUAUCCUUCCAAAAGAGAGGCUACUAACUCACCAAGCUCAUGAAAAGAUGAUCAUUCCAGAAAAUUUAGUACCGAAGGAGAAAUGGAAAAACCCUGAGACUCCUCUCAGAAUGGAAAACUUAGAAACUCAAGAUGAUUACUUGGAAAUGCAUCCUAAAGAUGAUUUCUUAAAUAGUAGAAUUAAGAAUGCUGGAAAUAAAUCUGAUGGAGAAUCUUCGUGUCAUACUACAAAGGAAAGCACCACAUCAGAUGAUACAGAUGUACCAAACAGAGAUCAGUUUUCAAUGGAAGAUUUUGAUUUGCAAUAUGAUGAACAAGAGUGUUGCAUGGACUUGGAUUCUUCUGAAGAUGCUCUGAAAACACCAAACGAAAUGCAAACAUAUUGUGAUAAUUAUAGGAGAUGUUCCAGCAAAUCACUUUCACCAUGUUCCAAAAAGCAAGACAUGAAUUCAAUUCCUUGUAUGCAAGUACCAGAUUUGCCUUUUGACUCAGUUGACAGUUUUGUUAUGAUGCGUGAGACAAAAGUUUCCAUGAAACCUGAGAAAGUGCCUGGACCAUCAGUACAUUGUGGCAGCAGCCAAUUUCAACGUCAAAGUGUUCUUACACCAAUGUCAGUAGUUCCCAGGUGUCUUACGAACAGUGAGGCAAAAGCAAACUCACAAAAGUUUAUAUCUUUAACACUUUCUGGUAUGUUUGACAAAGUGUAUCAGCUUCUUGUGACAGAAGCAAAGCCACAUGUCCUACAUUUAGUGCAUAAUGGGAUUCUGCAGUCUGGUACUAAUUUCUCUUCAAUGAGAUCAGACUACACAAGAUUCCUACUGAAAGAAAUCACAGCAAGACUGAAUACUGGUGAUGAAAACUCAGAAGAUGAACUUUUCAGGAACAUUUUAACAGUUCAUAUUUUGAGAGUUGCUACAGAUCUACUAAUAAAUUGCUGCUUUGAGUCUACCAUUGUCUACAUUGGAAACAUACAGGAGAAGUACCCCUGGCUUUCAGGGAGGCUGGAUGGGCUACGCAAAGAAAUGUUUAAACAGCAGUUUAUGAUGCAGCAAACUGGUGUUUUUCAUCCAAAGAUUUCAGCUGUUUGUCGUGAGAUCCAACGUUCAGACAUUAAACAUUGUUUAAUAAUUGUAAGAAAUUACCAACCUUUGCUGUUAAAAACUUUGCAAGCUGCUGUCACCACCAAUGGAAAUAAUGCCUUUAUAAUGGAGCAUGAAGCAACUUACAGUAUGGCCAUCAGGAUUCUGGUGCCUCAUCACAUGGAAGAUAACAGCAGUAACUGAACUGCUCAGCAGUGCAGACAUCGUUAUUGAGUAUGAGGCCAGCAAAGAUUCUGAUCUGUACAAGAAAUGUCUUACAGCCAAUAUACCUUAUGUAGGAAUUAGCAUGGAUCCAGUAACUACACAGUGUGGUCAGUACUUGAGUACUAUAAUAAUAAUGGGGAAGCAGAUAGCUGAAAGCUUAGAGGAUUUGGUAUUAGAACCAGAGGCACACCACCAUGAUGUCCAUAUGGGGCAGCUAGCUUUCUCCAGUCUGCUCACCUGUUGGGACUGGGUACCUGACUCCAUAGAGGGUUUGAGGAAAAUAUAGCAGCAAGACACACUGCCCUCACACACACACACACAAAUGCUGGACCUGAGAAGAGUGGUUUUUAACACCUUCUCCUCCAAAAUGAUUUAAAAAAAAAAGUUAUGGGACAGCCUUUACCUGACAAUAAUAGUUAUUAUCAUUAUUUAUAUGCAUACCUUCCAAUGAAGGGACUUGUAAUUUUUCUAAAAAGGAAGGUAAAUAAUAUGCCUUACAGAGGGAGAUCAAACAUGUUUGUCAUCUGAUACUUUCACUGUGAUUGGUUCUGAGACUGUAACUGCCUUUCAAGAUCUUUUGCAUUUGCUGGAGACAAGACACAACAUACUGGUAUUAGCCAGGGACUACCAGACAAUAAAAG